GAUCGCAGUAUCGCUGUGUGGGACAUGGGACCUUAUCCGCAGGACAUCCAACUGCGCCAGGUGCUUGCGGGACACAGGGCAGCUGUCAACGUGGUUGACUUUGAUGAGAAGUUCAUAGUCUCUGCCAGCGGUGACCGUACGAUUAAGUUUCCGCAAAUGCUUUUGAGUGACUGGCAGGAGUUAACGUCUAUGUCGGAACUGGGGCGAACGACUUAUUGCUCCCUGUCUUGUCUCGUUGUUUCUGGCAUUCACGCUCGAAGUCCACUUUACUGCUAG